GCGCUUUUAGUUCGUUUUAAAAUUCCAAAGUGAUCGGUUCGGGAUUCGAGUAUUCCCAGUUUUAAAAAAUAUAAAUCCAAAUAGGAUCCCUCGCAAAUAUGUCACUCAAAUACGUUUUUAUUGCAUCCGCGGUGCUGAUUGCUUUCUGUGGAGCUGAUGUGUCGGAAAUAAAGGCUAACAAAGUGGACCUGCCAUUCAAUGACUUAUUGCCACCUCUGCUAGAUGAAUCGAGCACCACCACCACCACUACGACCACAACUGUGAGGACAACCACAACGUUGGCCACAAAACCCACCAAGAAGUCGUAUUACCAGAAGCCAGCUCAACUGGCCAAGGAGGAUAAAUCGAAGUCCAGUGUGAGCAAACAGGAUGUGCCGCAACUCCCUCUGGAUCUUCUGCCACCCUUCGAGGACGAGGCCAAGCCAGCGGAGGAGAAGCCACAGCAAGUGGUGAAGACUACGCCGAAACCCGUGGUUAAGGUUACUCAGCCAGCUGUGCUAAAGUACACUACGACGACUGCACCCAAGAUCACUCAUCCUGCUACUCCCCGUCCCCAGUACUCGAUUCAACCAGCUCCAGCUUCUCGUCCCCAGUACUCUGCCCAUCCUCCUCCUCAAGUGGUGCAAAACAACCCUUCUUAUGGAAGUGGGUUCCAGUCUAGGUUCUCUAACUACUUCCUUACUAGUACCGUUCGACCAAGACGCGGUCCUUUGCCCACGAUCACUCCCUUCCCGCGAUUCGUCAGGCUGUAGGAAUUCGAUUCCAAUUCCAUUUAAUUAGAUUAGAUAAGCAAGCAUUCAAAGGCCAAGUCAAGACAUAAAAUAAAUAAGAUACGAAAAACACUGAGAUAAUGAGUGGAAACUAUGCGGUAUUAUUUAAAAGCGACUGUUCAAGCAUGAAGCUCACAACAAAAUAUUCAAAGAUUUCAAACGUUGAUGGAUCUUAAAUAACUUAUGAAUGCAUAGAAGUGACCAUUUCGGAUCACAGAGGCAUAGCCAUCUGCUGGCGUUUCGCCCAGUCAGGUUAUCUGUUUUAAAUUAACACUUUUCUGAAGGUAUUAAAGUGGGCGAAGCUAAGAAGAUUACAAAAAACGAUAAUUAUUAAUAAGCAAAUUCUUGAAUUUUUCUUAAUAAUCAAAAAAUGCACUUUUGAAGGCUGAA